UCUAACCAACUGAUACAUCCGUUGCUGACUUGCGACGAUGCAACCGGUUCAACAUUUUUAAUCAAACUGGCCCUCUCAGUGGCUUCAGGGCUCAGGGGAGUGGCAUGCUUUUUAGAGGAUGGAAACGGACGAAGUGUCGAUUAGGGAGCAACUUUUCCACAACCGCGUCCGAGAGACGAUAAUCUGUGUCCUCUUGUUUACGUGCCUUUACAUGGUGUGCUACCUCGUCCUCACACACUUCAAAAAGACUGCAGAGUUUAUCACAGAUGAUAUCGAAGAUGCUACCGUCAACAAAAUUGCGCUCUGGCUGUGCACGUUCACCCUCUCUGUCGCAGUGUGCGCCGUGCUGCUUCUCCCCAUCUCCAUCCUGUCAAACGAGGUCCUGCUCACCUUCCCACAUAGCUACUACAUGCAGUGGCUCAAUGGCUCUCUCAUCCACGGGUUAUGGAACCUAGUGUUUUUAUUCUCCAACCUGUCCCUCGUCUUCCUCAUGCCCUUUGCGUAUUUCUUCACCGAGUCCGAGGGGUUUGCUGGAUCCAAAAAGGGAGUAAUGGCGCGAGUGUAUGAAGCUGUCGUCCUGCUGAUCUUGCUUGCUCUCCUUGUGCUGGGUAUUGUGUGGGUGGCAUCAGCUCUCCUCCAUGACAACGUUGCCCGACAGAGCCUCUACGACCUGUGGGAGUAUUAUCUGCCAUACCUGUACUCUGGGAUCUCUUUGUUUGGAGUGCUGCUGCUUCUGCUGUGCACCCCGUUUGGCUUGUCUCGAAUGUUCAGCGUUACGGGUAGCCUGCUUGUGAAACCUCGGCUUCUGGAGGACAUAGAAGACACUCUGAGUUGCACCGUGUUUGAAGAAGAUUCGCUCUACAGGAAGCUGAAUUAUGGCGGUCCAUCGUGUUGGGUCAAGUUGAACGUGGAGGCCAUGAGAAAAGAGUACCUAGCAGUUCAGAGCAGGCGUGUCGCCCUGGAGAUGCGGAGGAAGGCGUCACCAUGGCAACGAAACUUGGGCUAUCCUCUGGCGAUGCUUAUCCUGCUUGCACUUACGGUGAUGUGUGUGCUGAUGGUCUGUUUCAAUGUGUUGGAGCUGCUGCUGGAUGAGACGGCCAUGCCCAGAGGAAUGGAGGACCCUCACCUGGGAAUGGCCUCCUUCUCCAUGUUCGGCUCUCUGGGCGCUGCAGUUCAGGUGGUCCUCAUCCUCUACCUGAUGGUGUCCUCAGUUGUGGGUUUUUACAGCUCUCCUCUCUUCUGUGGCCUCCUGCCUCGCGUGAAAGACACUAACCUCACGCAGAUCAUUGUAAACUGUGUUUCGCUGCUAAUUCUGAGCUCUGCGCUGCCGGUGUUUUCACGCACACUUGGGAUCACCCGCUUCGAUUUGCUGGGAGACUUUGGUCGAUAUAACUGGCUUGGGAACUUCUACGUGGUCUUCCUGUACAACAUGCUGUUUGCUGGUCUCACCUCCGCCUCCCUUACAAAGACAGUCACCUGGGCGGUGCGGAGGGAGCUCAUCCGUGCCUUUGGACUCGACAGACUGCCGAUACCUGUGUCACGGUCUACCAUUCCUUUUAAGCUCCUCCUGGCCAGUGGGCUGUCUAAAAUCCAGUGACCUUUUUUAUUUUUUUUUUACCACUCCUAAGCACUGGCUAGUCUAACCUUUAAAGGCCGAACCACUUUGUGAACCAAUGAUUCAAGCCUCCUCCUGGCCGUUAAGACAGCGGGGCCUUCCCUCUUUAAAGGGACGGGCAAAGACGAGCCCCUCCGUUCUUUAGCCAGCGGGAACACAGCAUGUUGGGUGUGUUUUCAUGAGCAACGCAUCCCGAUCAAGAACUGUGCUGCUAAGUGACUGUAAGUUGAGCACCCAGUCCCAAGUCAUAAUGGACAAGACUGCGUUGGACGGCGAAGAAAGGAUGGAAGCCAUAUUGGGAGUUCUGCCUUUCUGAACAAUAAAGUCAGCAGUAUUUUUCUUUUUUUCGUGAA